ACAAUGUCCGGACGUGGUAAAGGCGGGAAGGGUCUUGGUAAAGGAGGCGCUAAGCGCCACCGCAAGGUCUUGCGCGACAACAUCCAGGGCAUCACCAAGCCCGCCAUCCGGCGUCUGGCCCGGCGUGGCGGCGUCAAGCGCAUCUCCGGCCUCAUCUACGAGGAGACCCGCGGGGUGCUCAAGGUCUUCCUGGAAAACGUGAUCCGGGACGCGGUCACCUACACCGAGCACGCCAAGCGCAAGACAGUCACCGCCAUGGAUGUUGUUUACGCGCUCAAGCGCCAGGGGCGCACUCUUCACUUUCCUCUAAUCCUAGUGCUUUUCAGACAAGCCAUGGCGCGUACUAAGCAAACGGCUCGUAAGUCCACCGGCGGUAAGGCGCCCCGCAAGCAGCUGGCCACCAAGGCGGCUCGCAAGAGCGCGCCGGCCACGGGCGGCGUGAAGAAGCCCCACCGCUACCGGCCCGGCACGGUGGCCCUGCGCGAGAUCCGCCGCUACCAGAAGUCCACCGAGCUGCUGAUCCGCAAGCUGCCCUUCCAGCGCCUGGUGCGUGAGAUCGCGCAGGACUUCAAGACCGACCUGCGCUUCCAGAGCUCGGCCGUGAUGGCGCUGCAGGAGGCGUGCGAGGCCUACCUGGUGGGGCUCUUUGAGGACACCAACCUGUGCGCCAUCCACGCCAAGCGCGUCACUAUCAUGCCCAAGGAUAUUCAGCUCGCUCGCCGCAUCCGCGGGGAGAGGGCCCUGUCUUCUAAUAUGUCUGGGUGCGGGAAACAGAGUGGUAAAGCUCGUGCUAAGGCCAAGACCCGCUCUUCUCGGGCCGGGCUGCAGUUCCCCGUGGGCCGAGUGCACCGCCCGCUCGGCAAGGGGAACUACGACGAGCGGGUCGGGACCGGCGCGCCGGUGUACCUGGCGGCGGUGCUGGAGUACCUGACGGCCGAGAUCCUGGAGCUGGCGGGCAACGCGGCCCGCGACAAGAAGACGCGCAUCAUCCCGCGUCACCUGCAGCUGGCCAUCCGCAACGACGAGGAGCUCAACAAGCUCUUGGGGCGCGUGACCAUCGCGCAGGGCGGAGUCUUGCCCAAUAUCCAGGCCGUGCUGCUGCCCAAGAAGGCCGAGAGUCACCACAAGGCUAAGAAAAGGGACUUCCCGCUGCAAGUUUAUUUUUUCUUUGGCGCCGCCUUCUUCGCUUUCGUAACCUUCGGCUUGCCAGAUUUCGGCUUGGCUGCCUUGGGCUUAGGAGCUUUGGCCUUUGCUGGACUCUUAGCUGCCUUCUUGGGCUUGGCUGCCUUCACCUUUUUCGGGCUUUUGGCCACUUUUUUGGCCCCAGCGGCCGCCGCCGGCUUCUUCGCUUUCUUGGGGGUCUUCUUGACGCUCUUCUUCGGGGUAGCCGCGCCUGUGGCCUUCUUAGACUUCUUGGGCGCCCCAGCAGCCUUCUUGGGCUUGGCCGCGCCCGCCUUCUUGGCCUUGGGCUUAGCUUCCCCAGCGGCAGCCUUCUUGUUGAGUUUAAAGGAGCCCGAAGCGCCGGUGCCCUUGGUCUGCACCAGGCCAGCUGCCGCCAGCGCCUUCUUGAGUGCGGCCAGGGACACACCGCUGCGUUCCUUGGAAGCGGCCACAGCCUUGGUGAUGAGCUCGGACACCGGGGGCCCGGACGCUUUGCGUUUUCCAGCAGCUGCGCCCGUUUUCUUCGCCUUCUUCUUAACAGGUGUUUUCUCUGCAGUUUUCAUCAUGUCUGGCCGUGGCAAAGGAGGAAAGGGUCUGGGGAAGGGAGGUGCUAAGCGCCAUCGCAAGGUGCUGCGCGACAACAUCCAGGGCAUCACCAAGCCCGCCAUCCGGCGUCUGGCCCGGCGUGGGGGUGUCAAGCGCAUCUCCGGUCUCAUCUACGAGGAGACCCGCGGGGUGCUCAAGGUCUUCCUGGAGAACGUUAUCCGGGACGCGGUCACCUACACCGAGCACGCCAAGCGCAAGACUGUCACCGCCAUGGAUGUGGUCUACGCGCUCAAGCGCCAGGGGCGCACCCUCUACGGCUUCGGCGGCUAAGCCUCACCGCAGUCCCCAGGUGCCAAGCAGUAAGACAGACCCUGCUGCCAGAUACUGAAGAUCAUUGAACUACAGACUGCCCCCAACUUACCAUAGUUCUACUUAUGAUUUUUCAACUUUACGAUGGUGUGAAAGCAACACAUAUUCAGUGGAAACCAUGCUUCAAAUUUUGAUCUUUUCCGCAGUUAGCAAUAUGCCAUAUGAUACUCUCUCGUGAUUCUGGGCAGUGGCAUUGGAGCCGCAGCUCCCAGUCAGCCACAUGAUCAUGAGAGUAAACAGCCAAUACACUUACAGUCAUUCUGUACCUAUACAGCCAUUCUGUUCUUGACUUUCAGUACACUAUUCAGUAAAUGAGAUAUUCAACAUUUUAUUAUCAAAUAGUCUUCAUGUUAGAUGACUUUGCCCAAGCGUAGACUAAUGUAAGUGUUCUGAGCACAUUUAAGGCAGGCUAGGCUAAGCUAUGAUGUUCGGUAGGUUAGGUGUACUAGAUGCAUUUUCAAAUCAAGAUAUUUUCAAUUUAUGAUAGGUUUAUCUGGAUGUAACCCCAUCACAAGCAGAGGAAGAUCGGUAUAAUGGAUAAAAUAGUAUGUUGGUAAAGGUCCAGACAAUGAAGUAGAGUAUAGUAGAGAACCCAGAAACCAGCCCGCACACAUGGAAGCGCUUAAUGUAAGAUAAAGAUGGCGUAACAGACCUGCAAGAGGAACAUGAUGUCUUCCAUAAAUGAUGCGCGGAUAGUUGGACAUCCACAUGAAAAAACAAAUGAAAUUAAAACCUACACCAAGAAUAUUAAAGACUGAAAUGUGAAAGGUCAAAAGAAGCUUUUAGAAAAUAAUAUAAAUAAAUAUAUCAUCAUGACCUUGGAUUAGAGAAGAAUUUUUUUAAAAUAAGACAUUAAAAAGAAAAGAAAAAACAUGAAGUACGAGAUGGGUAAUUGUGACUAUAUUAAAAUCAAGGAGUUCAGUAUACAUAAGCCACUAUAUGAAGAGCAAAAAUAUAAACCAUAAAACUGAAAAAGAUACAAAUAUAAAACUAGUAAAGUGCUAGUAUCCAGAACAUAUAAAUCAAUAUUGAUUGAAAUCAAUAACAAAAAUGGAAAAGAGAUUUAGAAAUUGGACAAAAGACUUGGCCAGGAACUUCAUAAAUGAGAAAAAUCAAAUGAUUAAUAAAUAUGUUAAAACAUACUCAACAUCCUUAGUAAUCGAGUAAAUGCAAAUUUAAAAGCUGAUGGGAUAAUUCUAUACACCUAGCAAAGUGGCAAAAGUUAAGAACUCUGAAAAUAAUAAGUAUUGUUGAAGAUGCAGAAUAACAGGCUGUCCCAGGCACGCCUGCCUGGUGAAAGCAUCAAUUGAUACCAUUAUUUCAGAAGACAGUUUUGGCGUUACCUAAGAUGAUCGUUGAUACACCAUAACCCCGGAUCCAUAGUUGAGUGUCAGGAGACAUGUCGGACAAUGUUCGGAGCAAGAUUAUUUGAAAUGGCCAAAAGCUGAAAAAGAAUGCCUAUCUACCACCAGUAGGUUGGAUAAAUUGUGGUGUAUUCGUUAUGCAGAACACUAUGCAGCAAUGCAUAUGUAAAGCAGAAGAGAAAGUCACAAAAGAAUAUGCAGUGUGCCUCAAUUUAUAUGAAGUUUAAUUACAAGAAAUAUUAAACUAUAUCACUGAGGAAUACAUACAUAGAAUGUAAGUUUAUAAAGAAAGGCAAGAGAAUCCUUGUCACAAAAAUCAAGAAAAUACUUGUGUCUAUGAAGAGAAAGGGGAUGGAAAACCGGAAGACAUACAGGAAACUUCUAAGAUACUGAGGAAGUGGCAACAUCUACUUCCUAACCAGAAAGGUGGCUGACGGGUAGUCACUCUAUCAGCAUUAUUAAUAUAUAUUGUGUGCCUGUUUUAUGCACAUUCUUACUGUGUAUUUCACAGUAGGAAAACAUAAUCAUGGAAAAAGAUUUAAGAAUAUUUCCAAAAUCAUGUUAUAAAAUGUGAGAUAAUUUAGCAGUGUAACUUGAACGCUGUCCAAAAGUGCUAACAUAAUGCUGAGAUAAAGAAUGUACGUAGCUGCAAACCCAGUUUGGAUCUCUGAACUUUAGAGGGUAUGAAGAGUGAAGUAUGGCAUAACAUGCCACCCUAAAAUACAACUGUAGGAGUUCAGGACAUGCCAGCCCAAAAUAUGCUGCUUUGGUAUGUGGAUUAUUUUGAGCUCUAAGCACUUGAAAAACAGUAAAUGCAAGGAGAGGCUUUCUCUGAUAUCUGCUUAUCUGCCUGAAGACAGAUGUUCCAAAAGGAUCUCACUUAUCAUAAAUCCUUUCCCUGGGAGUUUCAUCAGAGAGGAUUGACUCUUAUUGCCGGAGAGGAGACUAGUGGCCGACACCACAUCCAGACAUACCUUGUCACAAACUGUCAUAUCUCCUAUCUAUUCUAAGGGUCCAGACCUCUUUUCUAAAAAUCACCUCUCUCCUCUAAGAGGCCUACACCUCCCCUCUCCUUUCCCUAUUAAGAGGGUAGUUAAGUCUCAAUUCUAAGGCACCUCUUUGAGUUACUUAUUUUCCCCUGGGUAUUGCCCAUGUGUACAUGAGGUAUACAUGUUAAUAAAUUUUCUGUUUGUUUUU